AUGGUCUCCCGACAAAUCCUCGGGGUGCUUGCUCUGGCACUUCUUUGCCUUUUCCAAUCAUGCGGAGCGCUGCCACUUGAAUCCAGAGUUUCACUGUCCGCUUCUGGUUCUGAAGCUAAACUGGAACCUCGUCUGUUUGGUUUGGGGAAAAUAGCGUCUCUUAUAGGCAAGCUUGUUGGUAGAUCGAAAGGCUCGGGGGGGAGUGUUGGGGGUAGUCAUAGGAAGGAAGAGCCGAAGAAGGAAGAGCCUAAGAAAGAAGAGCCUAAGAAAGAAGAGCCUCCUAAAGAAGAAAAGAAGGAAGAACCGAAGAAGGAAGAGCCAAAGAAGGAAGAACCGAAGAAGGAAGAGCCUAAAAAAGAAGAGCCUCCUAAAGAAGAAAAGAAGGAAGAACCGAAGAAGGAAGAGCCAAAGAAGGAAGAACCGAAGAAGGAAGAGCCUAAAAAAGAAGAGCCUCCUAAAGAAGAAAAGAAGGAAGAACCGAAGAAGGAAGAGCCAAAGAAGGAAGAAAAGAAGGAGGAAGCGCCAAAGGACGGCAAGGCAGAGGACAAGAAGGAAGAAGCGCCAAAACAGCAGUCAGGACAGGGACAACAGCCUAGACAGCAACCAGGAGACCCGACGCAAGGACAGCAGCUAGGGCAGGGACAGUCCCCAGCGCAGGGACAACCCCCAGUGCAGGGACAAGCUCCAGUGCAAGGACAAGCUCCAGUGCAAGGACAAACCGCAGUGCAAGGGCAGCUGGCAGCACAAGAGAUAGCACAGCAAGUACCCCCGCAGCAGCAAUCAGCACAGCAACAACAGCCAGGGCAAGGACAGCCGAAAGCACAAGAUACCACACAACAGCAAGGAUUUCAGCAGCAGCAACCAACACAGCAACAACAGCCAGGGCAAGGACAACAGGCAGCAGAGACGGCACAGCAGCAGCAAUCUACACAGCAACAACAGCCAGGGCAGGGACAACAGCCAGGGCAGGGACAACAGCCUCAAUCACCAACACAACAGACAUUCGCGCCGCAACAAGCAUCGACAGAGCCAGCAAACGUCCACGUAGAUAAUACCCCUACCAGACAAGAUAUCUAUGGCUCGGCUGUUCUGGGAGCUGGGAUUGGAGCGAUUCCUGCCAGUAUCAGUGCCGCGACACUUAAAAACGAGAAUGAACUGAAUAGGGAGCAAAAUGCUCACGAAGGAGAAUUGAAUAGGCAACAAUCUCUCGACCUGGCCAACAAGCAAAAUAACAAUAAUAGUGGUGGUGCCACUAGCCCUGCUCCUCCUGCCGGCCCUGCUCCUCCCGCCGACCCUGCUCCUCCGGCCAACCCUGGAAACACUGGUUAUGGCGGCGCCGGUGAUACUGGAAGCACUGGCUAUGGAAACACUGGUAAUACUGGCAGUCCCAGCUACGGCAACCCUAGUAAUGCCGGCAGUCCUAGCUACGGCAGUGCUGGAAAUACUGCUAAUGCAGGCACUGUAGGCACUACUGGCAAUGUUGGAAACACUGGAUAUGGAAUUCCUAAUACAGCAGGCACUACGGGUUCUACUGGCACCGUUGGUACUACUGGCAAUGCCGGCUAUCCCGGAAAUACUGCCAACGCUGGUUAUUCUGCCAGUACUAAUCAGAAGCGAGGGUUUCCACAGAUUGACCAGGGAGUUCAUCGAGAAAUCCAAGAGGUUCAUGAUUCUUGUGAUAAGGACAUUGAUGGUCCUUCCUAUCUGGUCACCUACUAUGCAAUCAGCUCUGACUCUAUUCGAUUGGAUGAUGUUCCUCCAUCCUGCAUAAAACUCGCAGAGAUCCUCUCUGGUCAGCCUGAACUGUCUUCUAGCGGCCCCGUGCCAACUCCCAUUGGUUCUACAAGCAUUGAGUAUCAUGGGCUCAACGAGCAAGAAAAAGAGAGCAUCAUGAACUCUCUACAUGAGUCGCAUAUUUAA